UCUCAUAUUAGUAGCAUCGCAAUUAAUUAAUUAAAAUUAAUUGUGCAAGUGGCAUAGAAAUCACUUAUAAACAAAUGAAAAUUUAAUACCCAAGUUGCCGUUCGAAUUAUUGUUUUUGUUUUGUUUCUGAUUGGAAAAAGUGCAAAGAGCAGAACUUCAGAAAUGCAGAAGUGCAGGUGCGAGAAGAAGUACUGAAUUAAAUUUAUUAACUAAAUAAUUAUCAAAUCUGCAAGAUCAUAAAUUGCUUAACACUCAAUAAAUAAGUGCAACGCUGUUAUCUGCGAAACACUAAGAGUGACACAAAACACUCCGUGAAACACUCAGAAAAAACACAAGUGCAAAUUUUAAUGAAAUUCUAAUUAUAAUUCAAUUAAUUAACAAACAGUGGUUAAAGUGCAUUUUUCUUAAAUAUUUGCGGUCACAAAUUUUUUAUGCAAUUAAACCGAAAAGUGCAACAGCAGUGCAAGUUCUAACCUUUGUAAUUUAUUCAAACUAAAACGAUUGUUGCUCAUAAACUCUCAACGGCAGUGCUGAUAAAGCAUAAAGCAUAAAGCAGCUAAAAAUAAAUUCUUAAAAUAAAUUUUCCUACUGAAAAAUCUGCAUAAAAAACUGGACCAAAUAACAGGCUUAACACAAUGUCUCAUUGAUAUGGCCGAAGGUUGCGAAGAAACGGAGAGUAGUAACGCAAAUCGUAACGCCGAUAACGCUCCGACUAUGUUAGGUACUGUCUUGCCAUGCGAAACAGCUAUUACCGCCUCUUUGGGUGUCACAGGCGGUGUGAUGAAACGUGAAUUCGUUGAUGCGAGCGUGCUUAGUGGCAGCCUAACGGCAGCAGCACACUUAACCGCUAGCGUUAGUUUGUCCAGCCCCAUAUCAUCGAUGCCAUCACCAACUUGUCAACAACAACAGCAGCAACAACACGUACAUUGCCGUACACCUACUCCAGCUAAUUGUAAUUCAACUGUCUCCUCGACAACGUUAAUUGGUAAUAAAAUGUCUACAAAUUUAGCUACACUCAAUUGUUCCUCAUCCUCUUCGUCGUCAUCGUCGAAUUCAUCAUCCUCGUCCUCUUCGUCAUCGUCAUCAACAUCAUCAACUGCUUCAUCAUCGACAACAGCUGCUAUUGCUGCCAACUCAAAUGCCAAUAAAUCGCCCUCCAGCAUUGUUGGCUCACCAUUUUCCACCGCGGCCACUUUAUCAGUGCGUGGCACUUCACCGCCCUCAACACCAACAUUGCCAGCGCCAGGUACACCCGGCGGCCAUGCCAGUAAUGCCAGCUGUACAUCGGCAGUACAAACGGGCACAACGGUCCCGCCAACAGCACCGUCACCCGUGAACAGCAUCUCGCUAAAUAUAAAAACCGAAGCGACAAGAUUUCACAAAGUCAUAGAUUGGCAGAAAAUUAACUGCUCAGUUGUAUGA